AUGGAAUUCAUAGAACAAAAUCCCCCACAGGUAAAUCAUACUGCAUUAGAGGAAUUCAUCCUACUUGGCUUUUCCAAUGUUCCCAACUUGCAAGGCUUUCUUUUUGGAGUAUUUUUGAUCAUGUAUGUGAUUAUUCUAAUGGGAAAUAGCCUCAUUAUCGUAAUAACCAAGGUUGAUCCUUCUCUCCUUAGGAAUUUUUCUUCCUUGGAAAUAUGUUACGUAUCAGUCACUGUCCCCAAACUAUUAACAGAUCUUUGUAGACAAAAUAGAAAGAUUUCCUUUCUAGCCUGUGCUACUCAAAUGUAUUUCUUUCUGGUCCUGGGAGUCACUGAGUGCUUUAUUCUGACAGUAAUGGCUUAUGACAGGUAUGUCGCCAUUUGCAAUCCCUUACUCUACCCUCUCAUCAUGAACAGUAGGGUGUGUAUCCAAUUGGCAGCUGGGUGUUGGACAAGUGGAAUUCCAGUACACAUAGGGUUCACCUACCUGAUCUUUUCUCUACCCUUCUGUGGAUCUAACCAGUUGAAUCACUUUUUUUGUGAUGUCCCUCCAGUUCUUACACUGGCCUGUGGAGAUACUUUUAUGAUUGAAACGUUGAUUUAUGUGAUUGCGAUUGUAGUUGUCACUAUUCCGUUUAUGUUGAUAUUCGGAUCUUAUGUGAAAAUAAUCACAACCAUCCUGAAGCUGCCAUCAGACACUGGGCGAGCCAAGGCCUUCUCCACCUGUUCUUCCCACCUCAUGGUUGUAGCCUUGUUCUUUGGAUCAGGCAUCAUUACUUAUUUGAGACCAAAGUCCAGUCACUCAACAGGAACAGAUAAAUUCCUUUCUCUAUUUUACACCAUUGUGACACCGAUGUUUAAUCCCAUGAUAUAUUGUCUGAGAAACAAAGAUGUUAUGUUGGCAUUGAGAAAGUUCCUUCUGAAGUGGAUGUGA